ACUGAUGAGCAGUGUAUGAAAGUUGUGCCCAUCACCUCGGUCAGCUCCAGUCCAUACUGGCAGACUCCGCCCCUCGCCGGCAGACUCCGCCCCUUUACGAGCAUCGGACACCUUCAGCACAACAAAGCGUGCGUCGCUCCGCAACAUUGUUUCUCCUCCUCUGAACCUGCUGGAAAAAAAGAUUUAGUCGGGUUUUGUGCCGUUUGCUUCCCCAUUGAUGCUGAUCCUAGAGUAGUGGCUACCAUGACAACAGAGGCGAGUGCAGUGAGCGAGGCCGAGACCGAGGGUAAACAGAAGGCCAGUGGCGCCGAACCCGAGAACAAUCAGGAGGCGGCAGCGGCCGAACCGGAAGGAGAGGCGUCGAGCAAGAAGGCCGAGGAGCAGUCGUCUGAGCCUGGGCCCGCCGACGUGCCUACCUCCCCUCAGGAGGAGCAGCUAAAGCCUCGUACCCGCACCUCUGCUGGCAAAGGCCUGUCUCGCCUCUUCUCCUCCUUCCUUAAACGCCGUUCGCAGUGCUCCGAGGGAGAGGGGUUCGAGGCAGAGAAAGCCAGUGAGGAAAAGGCAGACACAGAGGUAAAAGCUGACACCCCGGAUGAGGAUGGGAAGAAGGAAAGUGUGAAGCGCGAAGAGAAGGAGGCCAAAGCAGAGGAGGAAUCAUCUGAGGUGAAAAAGGAGGAAGAGAAAAAAGAGGAGAAAGAGAAACAAGAAGAGAAGGUUGAGAAGAGGGGCAGUAAAAAGAAAAAGAAAGAAGCCAAGAAGAAAGCAGAGAAAAAGGGUGUGGAGAAAGUGAAAAGCGACGAGGAGAAAAAGGAGGAGAAACAGGAGGAGAAGGAGGAGAAACAGGAGAAAGAGGAGAAAAAAGAGGAGAAACAGGAGGAGAAACAGGAGGAGAAAAAAGAGGCUGUAGAAAAGAAGGAGGAAAAGGUGGAGGUAAAGGACAAACAAGAGGAGACUGCUGAAGUUAAAGAGAAGGGGGCUGUAUCUGAGAAGAAAGAGGAGGAAAAAGUUGAUAAGAGGGUUACAAAGAAAAAAGAAAAGGAGGACAAGGUAAAAAAGAAGGAAGAGGAGAAGGCAAAGAAGAAAGCAGAGGAAGAAGAGAGGGUGAAGAAGAGAGAAGAAGAAAAGGCCAAGAAGAAGGAGGAAGAAAAGGCCAGAGAGGCUGAAAAAGCUAAGAAGAAAGAAGAAGAAAAGAACAAAAAGAAGGAGGAGGAGAAGGCUAAAGACGAGAAGGCAAAAAAGAAAGAGGAGUUGAAAAAGAAAGGGGAGGACCAGGUGAAAGAAGAAGCACAGAAAAAAGAGAAUGCGGAGGAAAAGAUAGAAGUGAAGCCACAGAAGGAAGAGGAAAAAGGGAAGAAAGAAGAGAAGCCACUGAUUGAAGCGGAAAAAGGGAAGAAAGAAGAGAAGCCACUGAAGGAAGCGGAAAAAGGGAAGAAAGAAGAGAAGCCACUGAUUGAAGCGGAAAAAGGGAAGAAAGAAGAGAAGCCACUGAAGGAAGCGGAAAAAGGGAAGAAAGAAGAGAAGCCACUGAAGGAAGCGGAAAAAGGGAAGAAAGAAGAGAAGCCACUGAAGGAAGCGGAAAAAGGGAAGAAAGAAGAGAAGCCACUGAAGGAAGCGGAAAAAGGGAAGAAAGAAGAGAAGCCACUGAAGGAAGCGGAAAAAGGGAAGAAAGAAGAGAAGCCACUGAAGGAAGCGGAAAAAGGGAAGAAAGAAGAGAAGCCACUGAAGGAAGCGGAAAAAGGGAAGAAGAAAGAGAAGGCAAAGAACAAAGGAAAGAAGGAGGCGAAGGGGCCAAAGGAGGAGCAGGUGAAAGCACCCAUUGCAGCUCCAGAGCCUGAGCUUAAAACCGAGGCGGAGGCCGAGCAGGCUCCUGACCAGCACUCCAUCAGCAGCACGGAGACACCGGCUCCAGAGGAAAAAAAGGAAGAAGCUGCGAUAGAAAAGGAGCCUGAAGAAGAGACGAAGGAGGCAGAGAAAAAAGAGGAAGAAGUGGCAGAACCGGAGCAAGGAGGCAAAGGAGAAGAGGAGGUGAAGGAGGAGGAAAAGCCAGCAAAAGAAACAAAAACGGAGAAGAAGACAGAAGAGGCCAAAGCCUCCAAACGUUCGAAAACAAUGCAAUGCAAAGUCACCCUGCUGGACGACACUCAGUUUGAGUGUGAGCUCGACAAACAUGCUAAAGUCCAGGAGCUCCUCACAAAGGUGUGCGACCAUGUCAACCUGCUGGAGAGAGAUUACUUUGGCCUCGUUACCAUGGAAACUCCAGAAAGCAAAACAUGGUUGGAAUCCACCAAAGAGAUCAGGAAACAGGUUUCCGGUGGUUUGUAUGAGUUUGCGUUCGGCGUGAAGUUCUACCCUCCUGAUCCAGCGCAGCUCACAGAAGACCUCACCAGGUACUUCCUGUGCCUCCAGCUGAGGAAGGACAUCAUCCAUGGUGUUCUUCCCUGUUCAUUUGUCACACUGUCCCUGCUGGGCUCCUACACAGCCCAGUCGGAGCUUGGAGAGUAUGACCCGGAGCUCCACGGGGUGGAUUAUGUUAAGGAUCUGAGCCUGGCCCCGGGACAGAACAAAGAGCUGGAGGAAAAGGUGAUGGAGCUGCACCGCACAUACAGGUCAAUGAAUCCAGCCCAGGCAGACUUGUUGUUUCUAGAAAAUGCCAAGAAACUUUCCAUGUAUGGAGUCGACCUGCACCAAGCCAAGGAUCUCGAUGGUAUCGACAUUACACUGGGGGUUUGCUCUGGUGGUCUGAUGGUUUACAAGGACAAGCUGAGGAUCAACCGUUUCCCUUGGCCAAAAGUGCUGAAGAUCUCUUACAAACGAAGCAGCUUCUUCAUCAAAAUCAGGCCAUCCGAGCAGGAGCAGUAUGAAAGCACAAUUGGCUUUAAGCUGCCGAACUACAAAGCCUCAAAGAAGCUGUGGAAAGUUUGCGUUGAGCACCAUACCUUCUUCAGAGUUCCAACGGUGGAGCCCCCCUCGUCGCGCCGCUUCCUCGUCCUGGGCUCUAAGUUCCGGUACAGCGGUCGUACGCAGGCCCAGACCCGCCAAGCCAGCUCCUUGAUCGACCGCCCGGCGCCUCGCUUCACACGCUCCGCGAGCAAGAGGCUGUCCCGCAACCUAGAAGGAGCUGGAGAUGAGACUCUCCAGCUCCUGCGACAACUGUCUGCAUCAACCAGGUCCGAGGUUGAUGAUUGGUCGAUGAUGCUGUCAUCUGACAAACCCCAGCCUUCUCCUCAAUUUCCAGCCAGAGGUCAGAGGGAGCAGACUCUCAGUCGGUCCUGGGAGGAAGGGCAGUCUGUUCACACGCUCAAAGCAUCCGGGCGGGACAAUGAGGCUUGGCAGAGUGGCUCGCACACCAUAACCCAAACAGUCAGUCAGCCGUGGCAGAAGAGGAGGGGGGACGAGUGGUCUGCGCUGCUCCAUCGCCAUCCUCCUCUUCCUUUUGUUCCACCUCUUGAUUUAGUGAAACAGCCAGCUAAGCUCAGCUUGGCAAAAAGUAGCUCCAUGGACCGGCUAUUGCAACCAGCUCUGAAACAGCAAGAUGAUUGGUUCCUUUACUUUGACCAAAUCUUCAGCCCAUCCUCGUGUGAGCCUGUCGACAGACCAUUGUCCCGCCUCACUCAGCUCCAGCUCCGGCUGGAGGAUAAGCAGGUCAUGCAGAAACAAACCAAUCGAACCAGCGAGGAGUCCUUUGAGACGCUGCAGGAAUCUCUGAUCUUGGUAGAAAAGUUCAGGGAGAUCGAUGAUUUGGAAAGAAGGCUGAGAGAAGUUAGGGAUUUAGAGGGUAGGCUCAAUGACCUGGACGAGAUGGCAGAGCGACUUCAGGGAGCAUUAGAAGAGGAAUUGGGUAAGGAAGAGGUUGUUAAAUCUAUGUUAAUUCUAGAAGAGGAUGAUUUUGAGCAGGAGAAACAAAUACAAGUUAAGGGUAUAACAGAAACAGUUUCAAAGAACUCAUUUUGGGUAACAGAGUCAAAAGAGGAAGAAGUCGAUGAAUUGGAAGAUCAGAUUAAAGAGGUGUUUUUAAAAGACUUGUUACCAGAAGAAGAAGAAGAAGAAGAAGGGGCCGAGAUAAAGCAGAAGAUCGAAAUAGAAGUAACCAGCGAGAGUCUGUCUGAUGACAGCUUGAGAGGGAAGCUACACCAGGUAAAAAAGGAAUGGCUGGAGCAGGCAGAGGAGAAGUUGACGUCUGGAUACUCUGAUGUCGCCAGUACAUCUUCUGUAGUAGCGUACCAGAUGGUGGAAGGCAGGACGGAGAAGAGAUUUACUAUAGUAGAUGAAGGAGCGCAGACGCAGCAAGAAACUGAAGAUGUGCAGGCCCAGCGUGGUGUUACUCUAGAGGAGUUGGUAGGAAAGGAGGCGACGUGGAUUAAGACGGAAACACUGGAGGCGAUAACUGAGGGAGAGGUGGCCGAGAGGCUUCAGGCCGAGGAGCCAUCUCCGGCGGCAGAUAGCGACAUCUGGUUCAUUCUUUUUGACCGCCCUCCAUACAAAGCUGUUUUCAAACCACCAGUUACUACUGUUCGCGCUCAGGUCGGUGGAAGAGAGAAUUUCACCUCCAAGUUUGAGAUUUCAACAUUUAAGGAGAAAACGGAGACUAAGGUAGAAGAGACCACAUCGAGAGGAGGAGUGUGGCGUGUACCAGAGAUCCCUCCACCACACGCCAUCAUGGAAAGAGACGAUGACUGGUUUGUGUGGCUGGAUGUUGUUGCCAGAGAAACCUCAUAUGUACCACCAGUUACGUUGAAGGGGAGAGACCUGAUGGGGGCAGAGAACGCUGAGUCUGUGGCUGCAACGGCCACCGACGAGGAUGCUAGAGGUGUAGUUGCUGGAGAGGGAAAGAUGAUCGAAAAAGCCUCCAGAUAUCUGCAGGAGAUACCAAACCGUCCGCCGCCCGAUAGGGACGACGACUGGUUUGUGUUGCUGGAUGUUCUCCCCAGAGAAUCAUCGUAUGAACCACCAGUCCUAUCCGUUGCCUCGAAGCGAAGUGACCAGGUGGGUGCGGAAAGUUCUGUCGCUGUCGCUACAACUGCAACCGGGCAGGACAUCGAAGAAGUGGUGUCUGAGGAGAAUAAGAUGAUGGCAGCGCAGCCGAGACAUCCACAAGAGUUGUGGCAGCCAGUGCUCGACAGGGAUGACGACUGGUUCGUGUGGCUGGAUGCUGUUCCCAGAGAAACACCAUAUGUACCACCAGUUGCGGCCGCUGAACGCGUUGACGUGUCCCCAGAAGAACGUGUCCCUGUAGUCACACUAACAGUCGACCAGGAGGGAGAGGACACGGUGGGCAUUGAGGCAGCAGACGCAGAAAUGGAAGGAGUGCUGAGUGAGGGGCAGGCUGCAGCCCUGCCGGUGGGUGUGAGAGACCGAGACGACGACUGGUUCGUGCUGCUGGAUCCUCCCGCCAGAGAACCAACAUAUGUGCCACCAGUUAUGGCAGAGUAUGUUCACGUUCGUCCCGAAGAAAGCAUAUCUACUGCGGCAGAAACAGUGACAGUUGAGUCCAGGAAGGAGGUCAUAGUUGAUGAGCUUGUGGUUAAGAAAGAAGAUGGAGGACUGCAGAAAAUAUCGCAGCCACUUGGGGAGAGAGAUGAUGAAUGGUUUCUUCUACUGGAUGUUGUUCCCAGAGAAACUGUCUGUGUACCUCCAGUUUGGGUGGCAGCACCGAGCCAAAUUUAUCCAACCGUUCAACCUGAGCGAAUGGAAGCGAUCACCAUAGAGCAGAAGUUGCAGCGUGUUGGGCCUGAGCAGAUUAGACUGGAGCCUUCUCGGCCAGAGCGAGACGAUGACUGGUUUGUGCUGUUUGACACCAUUCGUGAGAAGGCUGUGGUGAUACCAUCAGUGGCCUCCGUUGAGAUUAUUCCGGAUAUGAGGAAGAGCUUUGAGGUUGAGGUGACCUCCACAGAGUCCGUAACAUGGCAGAAGAUGAUAAUUGGUGGUGACAGCAGGCAUGAUGAGACACGUCCGUCUGGAAUUGGUUCUAGCCAAGUGGCAUCACUGUCUGAGAGAGGGGGAGGAGGAGAUGAUUGGUUUGUUCUGUUCGACACCCUCCGCCAAAGACCUGUUGUCAUACCGCCAGUCGCUGCGGUUGGGCAUUUUGUGGAUGUGGUGGCAGCCGCUGAACCGAAACCUAAAUUCAUCCUGGGAGAAGUGACACACCCUGUGCAGCUGUUGGAGAUUAAACCGUCACAUCCAAGACUGGUGAAAGAUGACUGGUUUGUGCUGCUAGACGUUGCGGCAAAAGUACCAGCGGCUGUGGACGAACGUGUCCGUACACACCGGGAAGUAAGAGCAGCUGAAGAGUUUGCAGCCAAUAAGCAGAGAGCUCAGCAGGGAGUCCCCCCAGUGGAGAUGUGGCGGCAGGAGAAGGCGGUGCAGCAGAGACGGCGGGCAGCAGUGAGAGAGUUGGAAGAUGAUUGGUUUAUUCUCCUGGAUGUGGCCACUAAGAAAUCAGUAGUCCCUGAGCGCACCCAGUUCCUAGUGGAGGGGAGAGUUCCAACCGCUUGGGCCGCAUCAAAGAUGGCUCACCCCGAGAGGAGUGCACAGUUUGAGAAACGCAUCCUGGAGGAAAGACGUCCGCUCGCACAAACGCAUGUCGAUGACGAUUGGUUUGUCCUACUAGAUGUUGCCCCUAAAGAGUCAGGUCCAGUGGUGAGCACGCAGAGGGGCGCCCGUCCGGUCAGUGCUCCGGUCUUCUCCCAGGCCGCUCUGGCUGAGGCAGGGAUCCCUAUGGCCCCCCUCGAUCAGCACCAGACCUCCACCCCCAUCAAGACCAGCCGCAAAGAGGAACGAAAGCUGGAGGUCACCGUCGAAGCUGUGGAGCCCUCAAAGACCGAGGCUGUGGCUGAGGUCAAGCACACGUCUGAGGGGACGAGCACGGAGGUGGUGCAAGUGCGAAAGAAAAGGGCUAAGAGAACUGAGGGUGACUCAAUUUAUAUCAGACAUAGCCUUUUAAUGUUGGAGGAGUUCGAUAAGCCUCAGGAGGACCUGCUCAGGCAUCACGCCAGCAUCAGCGAGCUGAAGAGGAACUUCAUGGAAGCCGCCGCGGAGACCAGGCCCAGCGAGUGGGACAAGCGCCUCUCUACGCACUCCCCGUUUCGCACCCUGGGUAUCAAUGGUCAGCCUCUGCCCAGUGCAGACGGGAGCGGGUGCAUUAGUCUCCCCGGCAAAGGUUCAGAGACAAAGACGGCCUGCGAGGAGACGGGCAGCAAUCGGGGCUUUUCGGGCCCGCCGGCUCCCUCUGUGAGCCCCAGGAGGGAGCGUGAUAGCGUCCAGGCCCAGGCCGCUCAUGUUGGGGAAGAGUCAUGGGAUCGGGGAGGGGUCGUAGCUUUUGAGACCUCCUUGGCGCCCAUCGCGGAGGCGGAGAUGGCCUUCGUCCCCUCCUCCCAGGCUUUAGAGGGGACCCCGGAGGGAGAAGGGCCGUGUCCCGGAGUGCCGCUGUGGCCAGAGAAGUUCGCUGGACCCUCCCCAGCUUCCUGUUUCAGGAGCGAUGCUCCAGAGGUGGUUCGCAGCUUCCAGCCCCCUCUGGUGCAGACCCAGACAGUCACCAUCGCAGCUGCCUCCACCUCCUCACCCAGUGGCAUCUCCACCACAGACGUCCCUAUCGUCCCGACUAAGACCAUCAUCUAUGAGUCCUCAAAGGUGGAAGUUGACGGUACAGCUGAGGACAAGGACGGCCCACUUAUGUCCAGCUCCAAGACUGUUACCUCAGACGCCAGCAGCGGCACCACGGUCACCACCACUCACAUCUCAAAGAUAGUGAAGAGCGGAUCCUCAGAGACCCGCGUGGAGAAGAGGAUCGUCAUAACUGCCGACUCUGACGUCGACCAAGAUAUGGAGAAAGACGGCGGAGCGUCGCCAUUGUAGCCGAAUCGCCACCCGCAUUUGUUCCUUUGACUCUCCACCACACAUUGACCAGCUUUGUCUACGCACACAGAACAGAAACAUCCCAUAAUCUGCACCUGAUAUUUUAGAUAAUUCAGUGGAUACAUCUUAGUAGAUCCUCUUUGUUUUUAGUUUUUUUUCAGUUGUAGGUAGAGGAGGGCUUCACAGUGCUCGAGUUUGGAAUUGAAUGCUUAUCUCAUCGAGGUGUUAAAAGCUUAGUGGAACAACCGCAUUUUCACUUGGUUCAGUAAUGUUUGCUUUUAUUUCCCUAGUGGUUUUUACAUUGUUAUUUUAUAAAACUGCACUGUUUUCAUUGUAGUUUAGACACCAUCAUCAACGUGUAUUCCCUUGGUGCUGCUAGGGAGUGUUAAGACUACUUUUAGGGGAAUCAUUUUGGUUGUUUACUUGUCUAUUUAAUUCAGGAAAGACAUUCCUUAAUGGAAUGACCUACAUGGCUUGAACAAGUGGACAGAGACAUUCUGUACUAUAAUUUUAAAAAGUUAGUUCCCUGCUCAGGUACAAAAAUGUCAAGAACCAGCAGCCUACACAUUGUAAAGUUUAAAUUAAAAAUUGAUCUAUUUUGAAAUAUUUCUCUAUUUUAUAGAAGUAAUGCUUUUAUAGUAUUUGUACAAAUUUGAGGUUUUUAAGUUAUUCAUCCAUCUGCUCAUUAAAUUUUCCACUGUGCUGUUUACUGAAUUUUGAGGUCUCUACUUAAAGCCUGAGAUUCUGAAUCAUUCCGAUAUGUUUCCUCUCGUAGUCCAAGUUCAUCAAACGUGUAGCGAUUUCCACAUUACAAUGAGGUGCUUCCCUCAGUACCAUAGAAUUCAUUAUCACUUUGAAUAUGUUUGAAGUUUUUCAAGCUUCGGUCUGUUUAACUCAGGUUUUGAUAUUUGUUGUAAGACUACAGACCCUACUUAUGAUUGUAUGAGGAAUAGCCAUAUAUGUAUAUCCAUCCCUACUAUAUUAAAUGUACAUUUGAGUUCUGCCAAGUUAGGUCAAUCAAUACAAAGCUCGUCUGUCACAGUAACCACGCUUGUGAGGGGGGAAGGCAGCUGUCCCAGUAUAUGUGGCUUUUCUCUCAUAGGAGCACAAGUUGUCUUUUUUUUUUUAAACAUGUUCUACUAUACAGUAAUUUAUUUGUAAAGUAGGAAGUGUCUUGUGUGAUUUGAUGUACUGUGAUGUUUCAACACGUGCUGGUUUCCAAGCUUUCACUAGAGAUGUCAAAGUUAAGCAUUGCAUUCAUUACCAACCAAGUUUGUAAAGCCUUUAACACAUAGUCCAAGUAGAUCGCUCUCACUUGCUGUUUCUUGUGGUUUCCAAUAGAAAAUAACAUGCUUAACAUAUAUGAAUUCCUUUUAGAUGUUUGUUAGCUUACUUUUUUUUUUUUACAUAUAAAGAAGCCAUUGGUAUUGUGGAAAACGACAGAAGCCUCGCUGUGAAGAUAAUGUAGUUUCACAAAAGAAAAUAGUUUAGACAAAUAUUGUUGCAUUGUGACUUAUCCCUGUCUUUUUAAGAAAAAAUAAAAUAUGCAUUAUUCUGCGUUUUAUUGGCAGUCUGUGUGAAAGAUACAAUUUUGAUCAGAAAUAAAUAUGCCAUUCACUUGCUC